AUGAACCUCGUGGCACCGGGCCCUGGCCCGGCAUACCCCUCCCACGAGCGGGCGGCGGCGGCGGCGGAGCUCGAGACUGCGCUCUACGACCGGGAGACGUGCGGCAAGAUUAUCGGCCCAGGAGGAUCCACCAUAAAGUCUAUACGCGAGUCCACGGGAGCCAAGGUGGUCGUGAGCAACGAGAGCGUGUGCGGCAUGCAGGUCGUCUCUCUCAGCGGCAGCGAGGCCCAGAUCCACGCCGCCAAGCUCUGCCUGGCCGCGAUUGCGACGUCGGUCAGCCGGCUCAUCGGCCCCGGCGGCGCGACCAUCCGGCGGCUGCGCGACACCUCCCGCGCCUUCAUCAAGAUCGACAACGAGGACCUGCCCGCGCCGCCCGGCGCGAGCGAGCCGUGCCAGCAGCUGCGCGUGACCGGCACCGAGGCGCAGGUGGCGGCGGCGCUGAUGCUGAUGCACGAUGCCGGUGCAGAUUCGGAUACAGCUCAAUGA